UGUCGGUGCCGACUCCACCGGACGGAGACAGGGCGGAAGGGGCUGUUCGUAUCGGUGGACUUAUCAACAAAGAUGAUGUUGAAUGAUCCCGGACUGUGAAGCCGAAGCUGUAGCGGAGACGAAGCGGGAUGAUUUGUCAACCUUCCCCUUGCACAGGUAGUUAUUGGAUUGAGUAGAACAGAAGCACCAUGUAUUCGGAAUGGCGGUCAUUGCACCUGGUGGUCCAGAGUGACCAGGGACACCUGAGUGUUCUCCACAGCUACCCAAAUGCUGUAGGGCGCGAUGUGGCCAAUGCAGUGGUACGGCCGCUGGGACUGGUCCUUAACACGCCUUCCUCUGCUGGGGCUGAGAGUGUCCUCAAAACAGACAAAGAGGUGAAGUGGACGAUGGAAGUUCUGUGUUACGGGCUGACGCUACCUCUUGAUGGAGACACUGUAAAGCUGUGUGUGGAUGUAUACACUGACUGGAUUAUGGCACUGGUGGCUCCACGGGACACUAUUCCUCAGCCCAUCAUCAAAGAACCAAACCUCUAUGUGCAGACUAUUCUCAAACACCUCCAUAACCUCUUUUUGCCCAGGCCAGAGCAUUACAGCCCCAAUCACUUCCGACUGUGCCAGCAGGUGCUAACAGCAGUACAGAAGCUGGCUAGAGAGUCAGGCAACAUGGCUAGAGAGACCUGGGAGGUGCUCCUGUUGUUCCUGCUGAGGAUCAAUGACACCCUGUUAGCACCACCAACAGUGGGAGGAGGAAUAGCGGAGAAGUUGGCUGAGAAGCUGAUAAGCGUGCUGUUUGAAGUGUGGUUCCUGGCUUGCACCCGCUGCUUUCCCACCCCUCCCUACUGGAAAACAGCCAGGGAAAUGCUGGCCAAUUGGAGACAUCACCCACCUGUGGUGGAGCAGUGGAGUAAGGUCAUCUGUGCUCUCACCUCCAGGUUGUUGCGAUUUACAUAUGGUCCCUCGUUUCCCCCAUUUAAAGUUCCAGAUGAAGAUGCAAACCUUAUUCCUGCUGAAAUGGACAAUGACUGUGUUGCACAGACAUGGUUUCGAUUUUUGCACAUGCUGAGUAACCCUGUGGACUUGAGUAAUCCUGCUAUUGUCAGCACCACGCCAAAAUUCCAGGAGCAGCUGCUCAAUGUCAGUGGUGUCCCACAGGAAGUCAUUCAGCACCCCUGCCUCAAACAGCUGCCUCAGAUAUUCUUCCGUGCCAUGCGUGGGAUCAGCUGCCUGGUUGAUGCUUUCCUAGGAGUUGCAGUCUCUAGGAGAGAAAUGCGUGAAAGACUGUCCUCUUAUGGAGUAGCAGUUUCUAGAAGCAAUAUGCGUGACAGACUCUAUUCUUAUGGUGUCGCAGUGUCUAAGACCAAUUUUCGGGAAAAGCUUCCUUCUUAUGGUAUCUCUCGCCCCAGAUCAGAUAGUGCCCCACCUACUCCGGUCAACCGGCUGAGCAUGCCUCCAGCUCCUACCACAACCAACACCACCCCACCGCACAGCCGAAGGCAUCGCGCCGUCACUGUCAACAAAAACACCAUCAAAACCACUACAGGAAGUACAGCCCACCCUUCCAAAGUGCAGCAUCAAACAUCAACAACUUCUCCUCUGUCCAGUCCCAACCAGACAAGCUCUGAACCUCGGCCACUGCCAGCACCUACCAGACCAAAGGUCAACAGCGUACUGAACCUCUUUGGCCAAUGGCUGUUUGAUGCGGCCCUGGUCCACUGUAAACUACAUAAUGGAAUGAACAGGGACAACAGCAUGACUGCAUCUUUUAUCCAAAUUCUUCUUUCUUAUAAAUCUUCGAUAGCAACCCAGGCUGGUGUGGAGCUCCGUCGAAAGGGUUCUCAGAUGUCAACGGACACCAUGGUCUCCAAUCCAAUGUUUGAUGCCAAUGAGUUCCCGGAUAACUAUGAGGCUGGGCGAGCAGAAGCCUGUGGAACACUGUGCAGAAUAUUCUGCAGUAAAAAGACUGGUGAAGAGAUUCUGCCAGUGUACCUAUCUAGGUUUGAUAUGGUUCUGAUCCAGGGUCUGCAGAUAUCUGAAUUUAUCUGUCGCCCUGUCCUUGCCAGCAUUAUCCUCAACUCUUCUGCACUGUUUUGCUCAGAUCUGAAAGGAAUCAAUGUUGUUGUUCCUUACUUCAUCUCUGCACUGGAAACCAUUUUACCAGAUAGGGAAUUGUCUAAAUUUAAAGCUUAUGUGAACCCCACUGAGUUGAGGAGGUCAUCCAUCAACAUUCUGUUGUCAAUGCUUCCUCUCCCCCAUCAUUUUGGAAAUGUGAAAUCGGAGGUUCUUUUGGAAGGGAAGUAUAGCAAUGAUGACAACUCAAUGCAGGACAAGGCGGUCACAUUUCUCUCGCUGAAGCUCAGGCUGGUCAAUAUUUUAAUAGGAGCUCUACAGACUGAGACGGAUCCGAACAAUACACAAAUGAUCCUAGGUGCAAUGCUAAAUAUUGUUCAGGAUUCAGCCCUUUUAGAAUCAAUAGGGACUCAAUCUGAAUUGGUUGGUGUCGAAUGUGACCAGACGGCUGUAAAGAGCCACAGCCGAAACAGCAGUGGAAUCAGCACAGCCAGUGGGGGCAGCUCAGAAGCCACCACUCCAGACAGCGAGAGGCCCGCACAAGCACUUCUGAGGGACUAUGCUCUUCAUACAGAUACGGCUGCGGGGCUCCUGGUCCGUAGCAUCCACCUGGUUACGCAGAGGCUGAACUCUCAGUGGAGACCCGAUAUGAGCAUCUCACUUGCAGCGCUCGAGCUCCUGGCUGGUUUGGCUAAGGUGAAAGCUGGUGUAGAGAGCUCGGACAAGAAGCGUGCCGUCAGCUCUGUAUGCAGUUACAUUGUGUACCAGUGCAGCCGCCCAGCCCCACUGCACUCCAGGGAUCUCCACUCCAUGAUUGUGGCAGCAUUCCAGUGCCUGUGUGUCUGGCUGACUGAGCAUCCUGACAUGCUGAACGAGAAGGAUUGUUUAAUAGAAGUGCUGGAGAUUGUAGAGCUGGGGAUAUCAGGAAGCAAGUCAAAGACCAGUGACCAGGAGGUGAGGUACAAGGGAGACAAAGAACACAACCCUGCCUCCAUGAGGGUAAAGGAUGCAGCUGAAGCAACCCUUUCAUGCAUCAUGCAGGUGCUUGGAGCCUUCCCUUCUCCCAGUGGGCCUUCCUCUCCGUGCAGCUUACUAAAUGAAGACACACUGAUAAAGUAUUCCAGACUGUCCUCCACAACCAGACAUAACUUCCGGUAUUUUGUCCUGGAUAACUCAGUCAUAUUAGCCAUGCUGGAGCAACCCCUUGGGAAUGAACAGACAGAUCCCUGCCCAUCAGUGACAGUGUUGAUACGAGGGAUGUCGGGGAGACAUGCCUGGACAAUGCAGCUGUACCACCAGCCCAGAGGAGGAAGGGCAAACCAAAAGGUGUUUGUUCCAGAGAGUCGUCCAACCCCCAAAAAUGAUGUUGGUGUAAAGUUUAACGUUAAACACAGACCAUUCCCUGAAGAGGUAGACAAGAUUCCGUUUGUGAAAGCUGACCUAAGCAUUCCAGAUCUGCAUGAGAUUGUGAAUAAGGAGCUAGAAAUGCAGCAUGAUAAACUGCGUAAUGUGAUGGUGAAACAAAUGGAGUACGAGACGGCUGUGGAGCGGCAAAGCGAAGACCGCUGGAGAAAUAAGACCUUUCCUGACCCCCUCAUAGACUGCAAACCCCCUGCUCCCUCGCAGGAGUUUCAAACUGCCCGCCUCUUCCUGUCACAUUUCGGUUUCCUCUCGCUGGAAGCACUGAAGGACCCUGGCAACAGCCGAUUACCACCUCACCUUAUUGCACUGGACUCUGCCCUGCCAGGAUUCUUUGAUGACAUUGGGUACCUGGACUUGCUGCCCUGCCGCCCCUUUGACACUGUUUUUGUAUUUUACAUGAAGGCAGGACAAAAGAGCAGCCACGAGAUCCUGAGAAAUGUUGACUCAUCAGCAAAUGUCCAAUGCCACUUUCUGGAGUUCUUACUGUCUCUGGGCUGGCCUGUGGAUGUGGGGAAACACCCUGGCUGGACUGGUAAUGUGUACACUAGCUGGUCAUUAAACACCGGUAAUGGCAGCGAAAGACAGAACCAAGAAGAGGCAGUCACUUUAGAGGAUACUGCUGGAGGUGUUUUCAAUGGAGAGAAGAAAGUGCUUUACUACGCGGAUGCUCUCACUGAAAUAGCCUUUGUGGUUCCAUCAUUAAUGGACUCUUCCGCUGAUUCGUCAGAGAACAGCUUCCCUUCAAUGGAAUCAGAUUCCCAGAUGGAUCUACUGCCAAGUUUACUGAAACAGUCCAGUCUCACACUGGAGCUCUUCCCAAACCACUCGGAAAACCUCAGCUCAAGUCAGAGGCUGAGUCCCACAGUGAAAUCCAAGAAGAUGCCUCCAGGACGGACAGUGCCCCCACUGGGCCCAGAAACCAAAGUGUUUGUUGUCUGGGUGGAGCGCUAUGAUGACAUUGAAAACUUCCCUCUUUCAGACCUCUUGGCAGAUACAAGCACUGGAGUGGAGGCAACAAUGAACAGCAGCACUUCACUCAGGCCAACCAUGUCAGAAAAAGAUGUCCCUGUUAUUUUUAUUCACCCUUUGAAGACUGGCCUGUUUCGGAUUAAGCUACAUGGAGCUGUGGGAAAGUUCAGCAUGGUUAUUCCUCUGGUGGAUGGCAUGGUCAUUAGCAGGAGAGCUUUGGGAUUUUUGGUCCGACAGACCGUGAUUAAUGUUUGCCGAAGGAAGAGGCUGGAGAGCGAUUCUUACAAUCCACCCCAUGUACGGAGAAAACAGAAAAUAGCUGAGAUUGUCAAUAAAUAUCGCAACAAGCAACUUGAGCCCGAGUUCUACACCUCACUGUUCCAGGAGGUGGGGUUAAAAAAUCUGAAUCCAUGACACGGACAAAAUGGACAGCUCAGUUUCUUUCUAGAUUUUUAAACUCUUAAUUUUAUCACUACUUGGUGGUUGUGCGUUUUGAAUGCAGAGAUAAACAAUGUGUUCCAUAGGAAAAAAAGGCACACCAUCACGGCCAUGCCAGCCAACUUAAUGUCCUGGUCCCGGGAUCUUAAUCCUAACCAGAUCCCUACACGGAGGACCUUCAAUCUGUAAUCGUCACAGUACUCGAUAGGGUGAGAAUUAACAGCUUGAUAGCUUCAUUUGAACACAGAAAACAUCAACAAACAAUAGUAAAAAUAAAAAUUGGACAAUGUUGCAGGGUUUUGUUAGUCAAAUAGUGCAAUUCCACACAACCUUUCAAGUGGCCUUUUAGGACCAAAUCAUUUGUACAGAAGUCAAGCAUUGUCACUUUUCCCAAAGAAUCCAGUUCAGUCCUGCUGUUGGUCAUCUUAUCUUAUUGUUAUUCAUGGAGCAGUUCCUGCAUAGGUCUGUCCUUUGCUUGACAUUCUUGAUUACUGUAAUUUUGUCUGUUUUGUCAUUUUUGUUUGUCUAGCAUAAAUGGAACAACAUGUAAACACAUUCAGAGUGUCCCUGUAAAUAUAAAAAGGGCCUUGACCAUUCACAAUUACUAAUAUACAUCUAAUGGUACAGUGUUAAUGUUUUCUUCCUCUUACAAGGUCAUGAGAUGAGACACCACACCAAGUCAUCUUUAGGACUUUAUUUUUUUUAACACAAUGUGACCUUCUAGUCAUUAAUGUGUCCUAUUUUUAAAAAUGGUUUCAGACAGAUGGAAUUUUUCUUCAGCUCUGUUGAUUUUCUCAGGUUGUUUAUCUGAAAUAAUUUCCAGCCUUAUAUGGUAUUCAGUGCACAUUUUAAAAAAGGAAACCUGCCUUUCAAGGAUCCUAUUCCAUUUUAGUUGAAAAAUGUGUACUGAAAAAACCAAACACCAAAUAAGUCAGAAGGUGUGAACUCAUUGCACAGAGCUGCAAAGGCCAGGUAUUCCCUUGUCUUGAUCUGAUUUCCCAGUUAAGAUAAAAAAAUACCUUUUCUGACCGAUAAAAAUACUUAUUUAUUUCUGGAAUUAUGGAUCUCCUAUCUUACCCAGUGAUAUUCAAUAAUCACGUUGCUUACCAAGGAGCAGAACAGACACAUUAUUUUGUUCAGGAACUGUCAGACUAUGACACUGUAUCAUUUUUAUUAUUCACAGUCGUUGACAGUUGUUUGUCGAUUAGUACUAACAAAGUGGACAGCAUUUCAAUGCAAGCAACCCAAGUCUUCCUUCUUCCUUCUUAUGUCUGCUCAGAUCCUGAGUAAGAAGAGUAGCAAUAUUUUUUUUGAUGUGGGAAUGCUCCUUCCAUAGUUUAGGAACAGUUAAAAUCAGGUAAUGCAUCACCCCUCAGUACCUGUUUCAGGCCGUCAAGACCAUGUUUUGCUUUUUUAUUUUUUUCAUUGACCAAUUUGAUCUUUCCUUUAAUACUGUUACCUAUGAGCUUUGAAACCCCCCUGUUUUGAGCUUAGAUGAUCCUAAUAGUCCAUUUCACCACAGAAACAUCCCUUCCUGAUUAUGCUGUUUGUCACUCGUAUCUUUUGUUAACAUAGCCACGGUGUUCUGUUGUUGUUUUUAAUGUGUUAAGAUUGAAACAGCUUUUAAAUCUUUUCACUUAGGGUCUGCACGUUGCAUAUGCUUUAACAACAGUUACAUUUGUAGACGUGUUAACAGACAUUGUUCACAUUGAUUCAGAACAUAUAUGAAUGAUGUUGCUGGUGCUUUAAAAAAUGUGAUCACUUUAAUAUAUCUAUGAACUGCAUUUUGUUCAGUUUUAAAUUAUUAAAUUUAACUGCUUUUUUGCAAGUGUAUUGAGAAACUUCUUUUUAUCCUGUUACCACUGGCACUUCAACUUGAUUAUGUACUUAAAAGACAAAAGCAGUUCACUUAUAGCAUCCUACAAGGUUAAAUGAUGAAUGAUGUAGUGUAUAUUUACAGAACCAUUCAUGCAAAGUGUCAGGAAGAAAACCUGUGCUUUUCAUACUUCAUGAGCUAUUCAGACAAAGGGCCUGAGUGAAGUGAAGUAUUUAAAUUUUGUCAUGUGGAUUUAUAAUCCGGAAUUAUAAUUACAAAGGAUUUAUAAAAUAUUCAAGGGCUUAAAUCGUAUUUGGAUAAAUAUUUUGUGGAGCUGUCACCAACAUGACCAUCAGUAGCACUGCCUUUACCAUGCUGGAAUCCCUCUCCUGAACCUGUUCUGUUGGUUAUGUCUGUAUGACCCCCCAGUGGAUUUUAUGUCAACAUUGUCAAGUCUUUCUCUUGUGUGUUCCAAAUAUGCUGUGUUAUACCUAGAAAGCAGAAAGUGUUCUUGGUGUUCCUACCCAGAUUCCACCUAAUGUUCUUAAAAAGAGAAGUUAGAACAUUGAGAUUCAAUUAUUGUUCACAAUUUUGGAGCUUUUGGCCAUUGUGAGGGUGUGGAGCUGGUAUUUCCAUUAUGCAAAAGCUUUCUCUGACUGGAAGUAUACAGUUGAAGUUUUUAUACUGUUUUAAGGUGGUUUCAAAUUGCUGGAUAAGUCAAACACUAAAUCUAGUUAAAGGCAAUUAUAUUCAGUAAGGUUUUCUAUGCUUAGUGAGAGUAAAAUGUGAAACUUUAGACUGUUGAAUUAUCUUCUGAAGAAACAAAAGUAUAUUUGAAACGGAAUGUGUUCCACUUUGGUCAUGCACAUAUGGCUUUAGACUGAGCUAUAAUAUUAAAGUUGUCAUGUGUGUCAGAAAAUAUCAUGUACAAUCUUAAUCUCAGCAUAUUGCAUAAACGUAGUUUUUUUCUGUUAUGUUCCUAUAAAAAUAAUUCAUAUGUUCUCUGUAAAUAUUGCAGGCUUUAACUUGAGAUGUAUAGAAAUGGAGGACUAUCUGUAAAUAUAAAGAUGUGAAGUAUAUUUCAUUUGUCUGUAUCUCUUUAUUCAUUAGGAAAGGCACAAAAAAGCUUGUUUGUAUUUAUGCCAAUUAUAUAUGUGCCCAAAUGAAACACAUUGGAUAUUGAAUGUAACACAUGUAUUGAAUAAAAUUUUAAAGAACUUCUUGUCAU